GAUGACACCCCACCCACACUCACUAUCUGAUCCCUAUUGGUCAAGUAGAAAGCCAACAGUUUGAUGCUAUUAAACCCAUACUUAGUUUCCUCAAGAGUACAUUAUGGAGAACACAAUCAAAUGCCUUACUCAGCAGAACAGUACUUCUACCCUUACUUGUUCUAGAUUGAAUAGAAAUAUUUUAGUAGGAUGUUUCAGGAUAUUAUCUAUUUUAAACCCUAUUCCUACAUUCUAGGUACUAAAACUCACUCUUACCUAAAAAUGUCAUACAGCUCCUGGAAGUUCCUCAACCAUUUAAAAGACUUACUCUCAAAAUAUGCAUCUGACAAAUCACCCCAUCAAGUAGAUUUCUUCCAAAUAUUGAAUAAGACACCACCAUCCUAUGAUAUUGGAGAGUAUGUAAAAUCAGCCGAGAAAAGGAUAUCUGCCAUGCAGCAAUCUGUGCAAAACCUUUAUAAUGCUGCUGUUGAAUCCCCUACUGGGUCUGACAAAAACAAGCAGAAGAAAAAUAGUUUGGUGGAAAAAGAUUGGAAGAAUAUAAAGAGAAUUUCACAGUCAGAGAGAUCCUUAGACAUAUCUAACAUCUCAGGUAUUUUAAGCAGGAUUCAGCAAGCUUCUACUGAAGAAGAAAUCCUAAGGGUUGUUGAAUAUCUUAUAGCUCAUUUAAAAGAACACCCUAAUGUAAGAAAUAAUGCCAUUCAGAAAGGAGCCAUAAGAAUUCUCCUUAAUAAACAUAAGAAAGCCUUAAGUCAGACAGCCAAGGGAGCAAUGAGGGAAGCUCUUACAAUCUUAGGUUACCACAAUCCAGUGGCUGGAAGAGGUAUUCGGAUUUUAUCAAUAGAUGGCGGGGGUAUUCGCGGAGUAUUGGUACUUGAAAUGCUUAAAAAACUCGAGGAGCUCACUGGUAAAAGAACUUAUGAAUUAUUCGAUUUCUUUUGUGGAGUUAGUACUGGAGCAAUUUUAACUUAUUCCAUGGGUAUCCAUUUAAGGAAACUUGAGGACAUUAUUACCAGGUACGAGAACUUGAGUCAAGAAAUUUUCAAUCAGUCUCGCUUUUUGGGAACGGGAAAACUGAUGUGGAGUCACGCCUAUUACGAUACCGCCUUAUGGGAGAAAAAAUUGGAGGAAUAUUUAGGAAACGAAUCGCUUAUUUCUACUUCGAGAAAUUCUCAGUGUCCCAAGAUUUGCGUGGUAUCCGCGGUGGUUAACCAGUCUCAAGUUUCAGCUUAUGCUUUUCGAAAUUACGCCUUGCCAUGGAGAUUUCAAUCGGAGUAUGACGGCACUUAUGACGCGAAAGUAUGGCAGGCUGCCCGAGCAUCUGCUGCAGCCCCAACUUAUUUUGAGGAGUUUAGAAUCGGGGACCAUAUACAUCAGGAUGGUGCCAUCUUAGUAAAUAAUCCAACAGCUAUAGCGAUUCACGAGGCGAAAUUAAUAUGGCCAAACACUCCGAUACAAUGUGUAGUUUCCUUCGGCACUGGCCGUUCCAUACCCAGUCCAGCCGAAUUGGGAAAGCAAACAACGGUCGAUAAUACGGUUGGUAGCGAAGGCACUUCUUGGACCAAUAAGUUUUAUAAGAUAUUAGAUAGUGCCACUGAUACACAAGCUGUUCAUAUAAUGUUAAGCGACUUACUCCCAGACGAUGUGUAUUACCGUUUCAAUCCUUACCUCACAGAACUUAUUGGGAUAGUUGAAACAGAUAAAGAGAAACAGAGGCAGAUAAAACGAGACGCGCUGAUGUACCUUAGAAGGAACGAAGAUAAAUUUCAGCAAGCAGCUAAAACUUUGACUUUGAGUAAGAGUUAUGGACAAAAGUUUAGGGACAAAGUGAAUUAUCAAAGGGAGUUGUUAGGGGUUUAGUGUUGUUAAUAUCUAGUACCAAAGAAAAAAAGCACCAAGGACCAAUUUAUCGGGAUACUCCGUAAAACAGGAAGCGGUAGAAGUUAAGCUGGUACCUGCUGACACGUGUUUCUGCUUUUUUACAUCUUUAGGAUAGACCAACCCGGAAACCAAAGACAAGAGAAGAAAAAUUCUUUUAAGAAUUUUAAGACAGGAUCACAAACGGUGACUCGAAUAAGUAGGAAAUUAACAUAGAGAAACUUAACUUAAUAUAUAAUUUAAACAUAUGUGUAUUUUCCAAAUGGAAAUUUUGGAUUGUUGUUCUUUCUAUUAUUUUUAUUUUUUCAUAUAUGCGUUUUAUAAUUACUGAUUUAUUAAAUUAGUUUAGGUUUAUUGAAAAAUUAUAAUAAAUUUAAUAAAUAUAUUGUAUUUGAAGUUCACAUAUUGGUCUAUAAGAAUUAUAUAGUCUAAGAACUUUUUAAAAAUGUUUUUAAAUUUGUUUAUAAAAUAUUUAAUAAAUUAAUUAAAUUGAA